GGCUCGUGCAAAACAUAAGGGAGAAGCAUAGCCAUGAGCUCGUAGUCGUAGUGAAAUGGUCCACUACUCUCUGAAACCCUAACCAUUUCCAUUUGGGGUUCAUGGAAGGCAGCUGAAUUUUCUCUUCCUUCGUAUAUGCUGUAUAUCUGUUUUCCUUUAUCAGGUUUGGUUUGUUGUUGUAGAGAUUGGGAGCCAUGUCGAGGAGGCAAGUAAACCCGAUUGCAAGGAGAUUUGCAGAUAGCUCUUCGUUGCCAGUUUCUAGUUCUCUGCACCAAAAAUCUCGGUCAUCUCCAUUGCUAUCAGUUGGUCUCAUACUCGUGGGUGCAUUCCUUCUUAUUGGCUACUCUUAUAGCAAUUCAGGGUCUAACAGCGAUCGAGAGGCACUAAGUAGGGAUGGAGGGGACACUUCAUGCACCUCAGAAGUACUCCGAGCAAUACCUCUUCUGAGGAAAGUGUACGGUGAGAGUAUGCGCAAAGUUUUACAUGUAGGCCCUGAUACAUGUGCAGUGGUCUCAAAUUUGUUGAAGGAAGAGGAUAUUGAAGCUUGGGGUGUAGAACCAUAUGAUCUUGAGGAUUCUAAUGAUAACUGCAAGAAUCUUGUGCGCAAGGGCAUUGUGCGUGUAGCUGAUAUUAAGUUUAAUCUACCCUACAAGGAAAAAUCAUUUUCCCUUGUUAUUGUGUCAGAUGCACUAGACUACUUAUCGCCAAAGUACCUUAACAAGACCCUUCCUGAACUUGCCAGAGUUUCUGAAGAUGGGCUUGUUCUAUUUGCUGGUUAUCCUGGUCAGAGAGCUAAAGGUGCAGAACUAUCAAAGUUUGGGAGGCCGGCCAAGUUGCGGAGCCAGUCUUGGUGGAUCCGUUAUUUCGUGCAAACAGGACUUCAGGAGAAUGACAGUGUUAACAAGAAGUUUGAGCAGGCUUUGAUUAAGAAGUCAUACAAGCCCAGCUGCCAAAUAUUUCACCUGAACCCAGCCCAUUGAUUCUGGCCUGUUCCAUGAAAAGAAGCCGACAGGUUUUGAGCUUAUGCCACUCCCCUCCCUCAUGGAAGAGGAAGUCUAUGUACACCCUGUAGCAAUUGUUUUGAUCUUAGUAAAGUCUAGCAAGCAUAUACUUUAUUAUUUAUUGGAGUUGAGCCAAAAAAGGUGUUGAUCAGUGGGGAAGAAUGAUUUUGCAUAAAAUAAAUAGAUGGAAAUAUUCUUUGAAUUCA